UUCACGCGGUUUGUGGGAUCAAAAGUACCACCAAACACCGCGUUUCCCAUGACUUGCAAUUCUUGAAGUUUUUAUAGUUUCUACACCACCAAAGUCUCAUAAACAGACAAAAGUUCUCCAACCUCUUUGUUCUCCUUCUCCUCCUUCUCCUUCUUUGGUUGUAUUAGACAGCAGAAAUGGUGAUAAUUACCCUACUGUUAUUAGCAGUUUUAUUUGUUGCUGGCCUCGUUAAUAUAUUCUUUUAUUUUCCCACCAAGAAGUUCUAUGCAUGGUUGCAAUAUAUUUCAGCCAACAAAUCUUCUUCACCCAUGGUCUCUACCGCCUCCCCACCUCCAGUUGCCUCCCACAAAUUAGAGAGGACUACUGCUCACAAUAAGCCUGAGCUCAAAAAGAUCUUUGCCACCUUCGACAAGAAUGGUGAUGGAUUCAUAGCAAAGCAAGAGCUGCGGGAAUCACUCAAGAAUAUCAGAAUCUUCAUGACAGACAAAGAGGUUGAAGAGAUGGUCGUGAAAGUGGAUGCUAAUGGAGAUGGUUUGAUCGACUUUGAUGAGUUCUGCGUGCUGUGCGAGUCCAUGGUUGGUCAGGAGGGAGAUGAGGCAGCAACAGGUUUAGAAAUUGAAGGUGGAGAAGAGGAUUUAAAGGAGGCUUUUGGUGUGUUUGAUAAAGAUAGAGAUGGCUUAAUUACGGUAGAGGAGUUGCGUUUGGUGCUUUCUUCUUUGGGGUUAAAGGAAGGGAAGAAGGUGGAAGAUUGCCAGGAGAUGAUUAGGAAGGUUGAUAUGGAUGGGGAUGGCAUGGUUAAUUUUGACGAGUUUAAGAAGAUGAUGAAAGGUGGAGGCCGGAGGCUUCUCUUAGCCUAGCCUCGCUCCUAAUUCUCACUAGGCUUUUUCCAAACUGGAUCUAUAUAUUAAGGUUUCUCUCUCUAUCCUUCUCUCCUUUUCUCUCAUGGAUAUUGACACAGGCACCGACACACAUCAGAAAACGCAGAAAAUGUGUAUAAAACAACAAUAAAACAGUAUUCCUCGCCAUGAUCAUAUUCUAUGCUGCCAUAUUAUAUAUACAGCCCUCGAUCCUCUCAUUCACUUUGGUGGUGCAUGCAAACAAGGUGUUUCAUUCUCCAACCAUUUUUCCUAGAAGAUGUUCAUUUCGACCUCAAGUAGAUGGAGAAGAACAUCAUGAUCUAUAUAUAUAUAUAUGUGUGUGUAGAUCUUCAAGUAUAUAUGUACGUAAUUUCUACCUGACAGGAAAAGGGUAUGGAGUAUUUCUUUUUUUUCUUUUUCAUGAUCUGAAAGAUGUGGCAAUCUAUAUAUGAAAAGAGGUUAGCCCUCCCAAUACGUACAGACUUCCCUUGACUAGAUGAAGCUAAGGUGAGAGACAGUAAUAUUCUGAGUUCCCGGCGCAUACACUGAUCCGACCAUUCUGGUAGCUGGCUUAGUCAAUUUAUGUACAGUUCUGUUCUACCCUGAGAAAAGAAAAAUGUAUGUAAAUUUCAACCGUAUGAAUCUUUUUGUUUCUCUC